CAGCAUAAUUUAGCGCGCACUAAGCAAGCAUGAACUUGAGUGGAUUACGAGCCGUUUGUUCGAUCUGGAGAAGAGCUGAGACGUUGCUUCAGUUACGCGUACCGUUUCCACAUUUACAGCAACAUCAUUACUUUAGCAACAACUUGGAGAGUCGAAUUUCACGGGAUCGAGAGCAUACGUUUCAUAACUUACCUAUUGCACACGUCCACGCAACUUACAACAACACAAUCGUGACUGUAACAGACAGCUCAGGAAAAACGCUCAAUUGGGCAUCAGGAGGUCAGCAAGGAUUCAAAGGGGCAAAACGAAAAACAACAACAGCAGCGGAAGCGGCAGGUGUAGCUGCAGCUCAGACAGCAGCGUCAAAUGGCACGACUAGAAUUCGAGUCAAAGUGAAGGGAUUUGGUCCUCGUGGCAGGUGGCUUACUGUCCAGUCAGCAGUGAAAGGUCUUCAGGUGGGUGGUCUUGAUGUUGUCAGUAUAACUGACGUCACUCCUGUGCCACACAAUGGAUGCAAGCCACGUAAAGCACGACGAGUAUAGGAAAGUUGGAUUGACUGUAAAGUUGUAAUUGAAAAAUUAAUAUAAAUCUAACAAAAUAUAUCGUGUGGCGUGUCAAUCAGUGGGCUAUCCGUUUUUAUCUAAGAAACUUGGCAGAGUUAAGGCUUUGUGUUGAAGCUUGUAGUACAGCUUGUCAUUGUGGAUCUGUUGUGAUAAUGUACUUUGUCUGUCUUUCUGUCUGUCUGUCCGUUUGCCC